AUGAGCGGUGCAUUAGGUCUGCAACAACAAGCAGGUGGAGUGGGGGCAAACGGACCCAGAACUCAAAUAAGAGACGAGGAACUCACUGCGCAUGACCAUGUUUUCAAUGUCAAUAGUAAUUCAUCUGAAAUACGAACAACGACGGGAGAUAGUAGCUCUGAAGAGAAACUGUCUACAAAGAAACGAAAGUCUACAUAUUCCAGGAAGGGGUGCUUACAGUGUAAGAAAGCUCAUACGAAAUGUGACGAGCGGAAACCAAAGUGUUCAAGAUGUGAGAAACGAUCAAUUGAUUGCACGUAUAGAAACCAAUUUGUGUUCCAGAAAAACGAAUUCCCCAACGUUGGGUCUAUGAAUUAUAAUUCUGCUAUUAUGUCAAGCAGCAACACCAACAACGUCAGCAAUAACAAUAAUAAUGGUGUUAGCAACACUCACAGUAAUCAUGGAGUUUCAAUGGGAAGUAUGAGCAAUAAUGGACAUCUCCCCUUCACAACUGCCUUAAAUAAUGCCAAUCAAGGGUCCACUGUUGGCCUUGGCGUUGGUUCCGGCGGAUUGAGUAUUCCUGUAGCAUUCUCAUACCCAAAUGGGCCCAUACCACUGCAGCUGGUAGGAAACACUGCUGUAGCAGGAAUUGGAGGAGGUACUUCGUCAUCGCCAACUCCGGGCUCGGCAAUAACUAGUCCCAUAGGUGGAACAAGUCUUGGGUUCAACCGAACCGCAGCUCCCCAUGGUUCAAUAGCAUAUGCAUCAUUAAAAGGCUCUAUACCUGCUGCUGCACCCUACCACCACCAACAGCCCAAUAACUCGGGGUCUGCCGGUGCUGUAAGUACUACUAGUGGAAUACGAUCGCUGCCACCUUUAACUGUUGAUUCUACUCAAAACCUGAUUAAUUAUACAAAUCAACAGGAUGAUUCAACAAACCAAUUAGAUGUCGAUUCAAAUACCAAAGCCAAACAAGAGUCUAAUGCAGCAUCCUCGUUGCUGCUACAACAGCAACAACAGCAACAAGAACAACAUGCGCGACAGGCACAACAAUCAUCACAACAACAAUUUCAAUCCCAAAACUUAAACUUCGCAUCUACACCUCUUACUCACGUAUACCCAAUGACACAAUCGUUUGGCUCUACAGGCUCUUUGGCAGGUACUGAAUCAAGCAAUACUUUAUCUCAAAUCAAAAGGUUUGCACCCGAUGUCCAAAACAAUUUUAUAACUGAUACGGGUUUCGACCAAAAAAAACUAUAUCAGAGUGUGAAAGAAAGUUUGGCCAAUACUGUACGUAAACGUACUACGGAGAAUAUGAAUAGCUCUGAUAACUUGUCACAUAAUAAUGUCAUCUCCAGGAAUAAUAGUAACAACAACAACAACAACAACAACACCAACAAUGAUGCAUAUACACAAUUCAACUCUGGCCAUACACAGACCGGCUCUGGAACAUUAGCAGGAGGAGAACAAACCGAAAUGGUACCUGACACAGAUGACACAAAUUUUGAUGCUGAUCUGGUUAACAUCAGGGAUUACAUAUACAUAUCACCUACGGAUUGGAACUUUUUGAAUCUACUCAGAUUUGAUCAAAAUCAGACUCGCAAUACAACACCAGAAUUAGCACAAAGUUCUCAGACAAAUCUAUUUAAGUUAUGCUGGAGGGGUGCCUCAAACUCAGAGAUUUUUUCUGUCUUCAGCACUUAUGAUCCUAUUCAAUUGCUGUAUGCGACCGAGAAUCCCUCAGCCGCGACAACCAUUCCUUUAGAUGAUCCAAAAUUAUUAAACUUCAUUUGGACAGUCUCACGAGUAACGCUACUUGGUGGCAAUUUAAUUCUUUUUCCAUUUGAGAAUCAUUUCGAUCCUUUGUUGAAUGAUUUCAUUACUAUGGGUAGGAAGGACCCGGUAAUGAAGGAUGUUCUCAUUUAUGUCACCGCAUUAUUCAUGAAAGACGCCUAUUAUAACUCCAAUUUAAAAUACUUCUCCCAUAUAUGGGAUAGGUAUGUACGAAUGCCAACAUUGAAAAGAUGUUUGGAUCAGUUGACAUCUCUAAUAAGGAAGUCGAAUGAUUAUUGCGGUAAUAUAUCGCUUACCUUCACGGUAACUGUGCUUUUUGCUGCAAAUAGUUCAAUAAAAAGUUCUGACUGGAGAACACAUCUUAGAGGUGUGCAUGAUUUGUUUAUGAGAGUAGAAAAAUUGAAGCCUGCGGAGAUCAACCAAGAUAAUAUCGAAGAACUUGCCCAUGACUGUUACCUUUUUGUAAAAGAUUGGUUCUGCCAUGCAGAGGUGUUAGCUUGGAUUACUUCUGAUAAGGGGGGAUGCUUUGAUAAACAGGAGGACCUUGAAGAUCUUCUCAACAAUGCGACUUACUCGAAGUUUAAUCUUCUAAACUCACGAAUGGACCUUCUUAGAGGAUAUACCACUGAUUACUACCCCAUAUUCACCAAGCUUUCAAGUUUUCUUUUGAAUUUAAAGAAAAGAGGUAAGGAUUGUUCUGGCACUAACAUGCUCAGAUCAUAUUUUACUGAAAGUGACCCAGCUGUGAUAAAGAGCUUCAAGGACAUGGGAGAUAGCACCUUAAAAAUGCUUGAAAAUAUUCGUAUUGAUGACGAGUAUAUCGAUCAAGCUACUACCGGACUAUGCGAUAUUAGAUUGAGAUUAUCAAUGAAGAACUGUACCAGAAUGUAUCAUUAUGCACUUAAUCUUUAUCUCGAGCUCUUUUUCUUAGGAAAGCCUUUAGAUAAGAUUGGUCUCAAGACCAAACUGGAAAAAAUGCUAGAAUGUUUGUUUUCAAUUCCUUUUCAAAAUACAUGUAGUAUCGCAUGUCACUGGCCAAUAUACCUUGGUGCAAUUGGAUCAUUAAUGAUCGAGGACAAAAAUUUGUACUCUCAUUUCACAUCAGUUCUAGAUUCAUUUGUAUCCAAUGGGAUGAAUGUUGCUUCAAAUUCUCUUGAACGAUUAGCCCAUAUAUCAAAGGCGUUAUCAUAUGGUGAUUAUUCGGCAUUAGUGGACCCAGCUCAUGAUUAUAUAGUAUAUUAG